AUGAACGUUGAGGAGCCGGCGCUCGCUCUUCCAACCCAGUCUAGUGCAUCGCGUCGCGAAUCACGAGAUGACUGUUUCUCUGAGGAUCUUGAGGGUGAGGAUCGUACCUCACUCGUCGAUGGCGUUGCGUAUCUCUCUUUAUGUGCAUCUGGUACCACAGACACAACCUCAGAACCUUACUAUGUCGGCUCUAGCUCCGGCGCUACCAUUGCUCGCAUCAUUCAGUCCUCCAUCUUCCGAAGUUCUGGCAAGAGAGCAGCCACUCUGCCAGUGAGCCAGCCCUGCCAGGCCACGGGAACUUCGCGACCUCCUGCACCUCCCGAGUUUACUCACUCCGAUGAGCCUGUCGCGGAUUUCCCAGAUCGACAGCAGGCGCGCAUGCUGUUUGACGUGUUCUUCGAACGUAUUCAUACACGGUGGCCAUUGCUAGACCGUGUAGUCUACACAAAGCUCUUCGACAAGCAAUUUGUGCGAGGUGCCCUGACUAUUAUUGAACGCAGCAUUUUCCAUCUCAUAUAUGCCAUCACUGCUCGAUUCCUGUCGUUGACGCGGAAGCCAUGUGGGGUGGAUUCUGAACAUCACCUUGUCGCGGCCACCGAGCCAAUGGAUUACAUCCUAGACCAGCACAACCUCGCUACAGUGCAGUUCCUCAUCCUGCUUGGAGUGCAUGGUCAGAGAUCUCCAUAUGGUGCAGGCGCCUGGUCCCAGAUUCGAUAUGCGACCUCUGUCUGCAUUGAGAUGGGCUUACACAGAAAGAAGGUCACAGGCUCUCCUGAGCUUGCAAGAGAUGCUGAACUGCGGCGGCGUGCGUUCUGGGCGUGUUACUGCCUGGACAGAGUGACUAGCAUUGUGCUCGGUAGAGCUUUUGCUAUCGCUGACCGAGAUAUCAACGUCGAGUUUCCCAGUACUAGUCCUGAGUUCUGGACACUAACGCAUCCGGAAGAGCCAGACUCUGUCAGGCCCCAAUGGUCAAAUAUCGAGCCUUUCAUACACAUCAUCAAGCUUGAUCAGAUCCAGUCGCGAAUUCAUAAGACAGUCUUCCGUGUUGAUAGAGAUGUCUUCAACGGGACGCCAGAACAGCGGGCCAAACUUGACCGGAAGAUGGCCACCAUUCGGAGCGACCUGGAUGAAUGGCUACGAACAUAUCCACAGACACCGAAGAACGGGAACAAGAUUACGUGGAUGUACGAUCCCGAAAGCGCAUAUCUCGAUGCGCGAGACUUUUAUGGCGUUCAGUAUCACAAAGCGAUGCUCUAUCUUUUCACCGUCUUUCUUCCCACGUUGGACACGUCAGACAUACGCUUCCUGACUUGCGCGCGCUCUGCUGCUUGUGUCUGCAACGCCUACAAACGGCUAAGCCAAAAUCGUACGCUCACAUACACGAUGAUCUCGCUACAUUCAUGCUUUGUAGCUGGCUUGACACUGGUGUACUGCAUCUGGCGAGAUCGAUCCCUUUUCUCAUACGACGUUCUCGAGGCGACACGGGCCUGUUCUCAGAUCCUGACUAUCUUCGGUGAAAAGUGGCCCGGUGCUGUCAAAUACCGCGAUAUCUUCGAUGCGCUAUCGGGAAGUUUAUUUAAGACGAUCGUAAACUCGGCGCCUACUACCAUGAUGCAUAGCAAUGGUUCGCGACCGCUGCAGCUCGACGUGGACGCGGAGCCUUCCAUGGCAGGACUUUCGCCAAGAAGCCGACGAGAUAGCCGCGAGCAGGCGUCGCAUCACCCCACGCUGGGCAGUAAGCCUACCAUGUCACACAUGGUCACUGACGCUGUAAAGGAGGCGUUCAUGGAAGUGGACGAGGAGGCGCCAGGUGGGUGGCAGGGUUGGCGGAUGUGGAAUGAGAUGGUAAGCGACGACGCCGCAUCUGUAGCAAUGAGGUUCGAUGGCUUUGGCCAAGGCCAGAGUGAGAUGAGCUGGAAUGCUUAUGAAGGGUCGGGUCUUUACGGCGUGGACCCCAUUCAGGAUGCAGCCAUGUCGAUGGAUAACCGCGGUAUGAUGGAUGGCAGUCAGUGGAAUUUUGGAGAGUAUAGAUAG